UCUCUUUUCCUCUGUCACUCGUCUCUCUCUCUAUCUCUCUCUUACUUUUUCUUCUUCUUCUUCUUCUUCUUCUAUCAAUUCCUCUUAGAUUCUUUUUAUCCUUGUAAUACUAGAUAGCCUUAAUUUUUGUCUUUUUCUUUCAGCCAAAGUACCUUACAAUUGUAAGUUGUGUCCUUAACAGUUGAGACUUGGGGGUGUUUUUGGUUUGCCUUGGAAUUAAGAAACAAGUGAUACUCUACUACAAUACAGCAUGAAAGAGAGUGGCAGGAAACAAGGUGCACCUUCACCCUGUGCAGCAUGCAAGCUUCUUAGGAGAAGGUGUGCUCAAGACUGUGUUUUUGCUCCUUAUUUUCCUGCAGAUGAUCCCCAGAAAUUUGCUAAUGUACACAAGGUCUUUGGUGCCAGCAAUGUCAACAAAAUGUUACAGGAAUUGCCAGUGGACCAGCGAGGUGAUGCAGUUAGUAGCAUGGUUUAUGAAGCAAAUGCAAGGGUUCGUGACCCUGUGUAUGGGUGUGUUGGUGCCAUUUCAUCUCUACAGCAACAAAUUGAUGUGCUCCAGACCCAACUGGCUCUGGCUCAGGCUGAAGUGGUGCACUUGCGGGUGAGACAGACUGCAUCAAUGCCCAACCAUGGGGUCGGGCCAGGUAGCCCAAGUAGUAGCGGCUCGCCAUCAUCAAGGCUCAUGGGCUCACAAGUCAAGCCCAUUUUUGACAUGGAUACGGUAGUGGAUCAGGCCAAUUUGGGAGAGUCAAUGUGGUUAUGCUAGUUUAAUUUCUACUGGUCAUGCCUCCUAUCUCUAGAUUAAUUUUUGUCUCCCUGAGUUGGAUUUAAAUUUGAUAUAAUUAUUAUACAUCAGCAAUAGUAAAGAAAAAAAGUAUCUAUGAGAUGAUCUUAUGGAACGUCCCUCUCAUGACAUGUGAAUCCUACAGGCACGUGAGACCCACCAAAUGUAUUAGAGACACCCAUAAAACCGUCUCAAGAAAUAUAUAAUGUAUUGGUAGGGAUAAUUGUGGUGGUGGCAGUGGCGGCAUCUGUGGCUGUGGCUGUGGCUGUGGCAGUGACAGGAGCAGUGGCGGAGGCCAUUCGCCCGCUUUGGUUUGAAAUGGGUGUUUAUGAUUAACUUAUAUAUGUAUAUUGUAAAUAUAAUUCAAGCUUAUAUAUGUUUAGUAAUUAUAUAGUGCGGACUUGUGAUCAGAUUAUUACAAGAAAAUUUUCCAUGUAUUCUAAGUGAUGCCUUGGGUAUUAAUAGCAAGGGAGUAUAAAUGGGUGGUAUCUACUUUUAAUUAUUUCAGGGUUUU